AUGGGGUCAUUACAUACUAACAUGCUGGCAUGGCAGCAGGCGUUGAAGCAGCAUGGCGGGGACGAGUCAUACCACGAGGUUGUGCCACCAGACGCAGUCGCAUUCGCCCGCUCCACUCACCAAGUGCAACAGGUGGUAACCGCGUGCGCUGCCGCCCGGGUGCCCGUCAUUCCCUAUGGCGCCGGCACCUCUUUGGAAGGCCACGUGGCGGCGCUCUGUGGGGGGGUCUCCAUUGACCUGUCGCAGAUGAACGAGGUGGUGGAGGUACAUGCAGAGGACAUGGACUGCAGGGUGCAGGCAGGGGUGACACGUCAGCAGCUCAACUACCAUCUGUACGACUCGGGUCUCUUCUUCCCCGUUGGCCCAGGCUCGGAAUGCACCAUAGGGGGCAUGACAGCAACAAGAGCAUCAGGCACCAAUGCUGUCCGGUAUGCCAUUAUCAUCCCAUGA